AUGCUCGAGCCCGCGGCGAGGGCUUGCGCAGCCCUGCUCCAGCCGCAGCGCGUAGCGGUGGUCACCGGUGCCUCUCGCGGGAUCGGCAAGGGCAUCGCUGUGGAGCUUGGGCGCGAGGGCUACGCCGUCGUGUGUGUCGGCAGGAGCUCCAGGACGGAUGCUGGCCCGACGACAGAGCGACCGACGGCCGAGGCCGACCUCACCGUCGAGGCAACUGCCGAGGCGGUGACGGCGGCAGGAGGUCGUGGUCGGGCGCUGCCGUGCGAUCUCGGCCAAGAUGGCGCAGUCGAUGCGAUCAUGGACGAGGUGGCGCAAAGUGAAGGGCGGCUCGACGUCCUCGUCAGCUCAGCGUACACUACGCCGCCCGGCCGGCUCCGCGGCCCCUUCUGGGAGCAGCCGAUGGCAAUGUGGGACAGCUGCAAUGGCGUUGGCCUGAGGGGCGCCUAUGCAACAUGUCGAGCGGCGGCGCCUCACAUGAUCCGGACGGCAGCAGCGGCGGGCGAGGCACCGCUCAUCUGCCUCGUGUCGUCCUUUGGUGGCAAGGCGUACACGUUCAACGUGGCGUACGGAGUGGGUAAGGCGGCCGUAGAUCGGCUCGCCUCCGACAUGGCCUUCCAGCUGAAGCCGCACGGCGUCGCCUCCAUCUCGCUCUAUCCGGGUGUCGUGAAGACGGAGGGGAACCUGGAGAUGGAGCGGCGAGGAGAGUGGGCCGAGGCGAGCGGUGGGCUCGAUCUCGAGGCUGGCGAGUCGCCAGCCUUCUCGGGGCGGGCCGUUGCCGCGCUCGCGCGGCUGGACUCCGAGGCGAUGCUGGCGAGGUCAGGCCGGGUGGAGGUGGUCGCGGAGCUGGCGCGCGAGCUCGGGUUCUCUGACAUCGACGGCUCACGCCCGCCCUCGAUUCGCAGCCUCGCGUACCUCUGCCCCAACUUCGUCUUCCCGUCGAUCGAAGCCGGCGGCGGCACCGUCCCUCGAUGGGUGAGGGACAAUGUCCCCGACAUCAACCUGCCUUGGUCCAUCUUUGCGUCGCCACCACCGGAGCGCGACGCCUCACCCAGGAGCGAGGGUGCCCGAAGCGUCAUCUAG